AUGAAUCAUUUUUCAAGUGAGUGCCUACAAUCACUUUUCAAAAAAUUGGUUUAUAUCUAUCUAUCUACCUAUCUAUUUCUUCUUUUAUCUCUCUCUAUCUAUCUGUCUCCUCUUCGUCGUCUAUAUCUGUGUCUCAAUAUCUGUAUGUAUGUUUGUAUGUAUCUAUCUAUUUCUUCUUUUAUCUAUCUAUCUCUCUAUCUCUCUGUCUCUUCUUCGUCGUCUAUAUCUAUUGAAAUCACUGCGUUUUCCGCAAUCAUUUCUGGUAACAAUUAUGUGGAUAACUUAUCUAUCUAUCUAUCCCUUUCUUUUGAUAUCUAUCUCCCUAUUAAAAGUUUUUCAUAUCUAUUUCAAGCCCUAUAUAUCUAUAUCUUAUUCUCUUCAUAUCUAUCUAUCUAUCACAGUCUUUUCAUUAUCUAUCUAUAUAUCUAUGUAUCUAAUUCUCUUCAUAGCUAUCUAUCUAUCGCACAAUCUAUCUAUCUAAAUAUCUAUCUAUCUAUCCCAGUCUUUUCAUUAGCUAUCUAUAUAUCUAUCUUAUGCUCUUCAUAUCUAUCUGACUAUCUAUCUAUCUAUCUAUCUAUCUAUCUCAGUCUUUUCAUUAUCUCUCUCUCUCUAUAUCUAUCUUAUUCUCUUCAUAUCUAUCUAUCUAUCUAUUCCAAGCUUUUUAUAUGCAUUUCAAGCUUUAUAUAUCUAUGUCAUUCUUUUCAUAUCUAUCUAUCUAUCUCUUUUGAUAUCUAUCUACGUUUGUCUAUCUAUCUAUCUAUCUAUCUAUCUUCAUUAAGCGUCACACCAUGUAGUGUCUUCUUUUAG